CGAGAAGGACGGACGUCCUGCUUCCGCAAUGGCGGCCGCUGAGCAGAUGCCUCUUCUGUACUUCGCAAAUUUGAGCAGCUCAGCCUUGAAAGUUGAAGCGGGAGCUUAAAACGUAGCCGGCACCAGAAGAGAUGCUCUCCUGGGCGCUAACCUGAGCUGGCGCAGCCCUGAGUGCGCAUGAAGCUGCUCGGAUUGGUUUGAAAAGCACACGCGCCUGACCCCAAGCAAGCAAGUGCAUGACAGCCCGCCAUCCUCACAACUACCACUAGGAGAACGAAGAUCUGAGGCUAAAAGAGAGGAGAACUGUCCAUCACUCCAAUGGAGCGGUUUGCUACCCCUCUGCCAUGCAUCUACUCGGAUGGAGAGCAAGAGCACGUCAGGGGUCAACUGGGUAUAUACUCGGCACUCACUUUCAAGCGGUUUCAGCAACUGAUGACACAGAAAACAGGCGUUCCCGCGGCUCAGCUGUCGGCCGUGCUGGCGUACAAGCGCAGCGUGGGCGGCGAGGAGCGGCGCCAGAAGCUCAACAUCAGCGAGGCCACCAACUUCGGCAUCGUCCUGCGGAUCCACGCCAAGGAGACCGACGCGCACUUCGUCAUCUCGCUCAAGCGCCCCAAGAAGGACCGCAAGGGCGCCGGCCGCAGACGUGCUGCUGACGUGGACGACGAAGACGACGUCAGGAGCGAGGACCCGGCUCAGGAGCCGUCCGAUGAAACGGAUCAGCGGCCUGCGAAACUCGAGUCGAAGGAGCCUCUGUCCCCGGUCUCGACAUUGCCUGCUUUUCCGGCUUUCCGUCCGCCCUCUCCGCAGUCCCCCGACCAGGAUGCUCCUGAGCCACGACAGAGUCCGCCAGCGGAAGUCAGCGGCGGAACAGUACCCCAGGAGACAUCUUCGAGCAACGGAACAGCGCAUAUGCCGAGGCCAGUGCUCCUGGAAAGGGUGACCGAUUUCGUUACUGAGCGCAGUACCCCAGCUACUCCUGCAAAGGUUUCUCGAAGCCCUGAAGAUUCUGAACCAUCCGGCAGCACAAGCAAGCCAGUGACCAUUCUUCAGAGGCCAUCUCCCCCCGUUGCUUCAACUUCCGCAGCCAAAGCAGACACCCCCACAACCAGCUAUUUCCCAGUUCAUUCUUCCAUCCACAAUAGAGCAGUGCACGGAAUUUCACCUUCCCCUCAAGAGCAAAGCGACCCACGCACUCAGUCGAGGCAGGUCCGGAUGCCGGAACAACGAGCUGCUGAUGAGGUCACGUUCUCGUCUUGGGGACGUCAGCAUCCGCGAGCACCAAGGCAGUCAGUUCAGUCAAGGGACGCCUUUCCCCACCCCUCAAACCACUCCGUCGAAGCCCGUCCGCACCCCUCGAAGUUCCAGGGACAGCCGCUCGGUUCGCCAGCACAUCCAGCACCGGAAGCACGACCAAUCUCAGCGAGCCACGUGGCAAAGCAAGCUCAUUUCGACGGCGCGCGCAGUCCGCAUCUGCCCCCACGAAGCCCCCCACCGAAGCCCCCCCAGAUCGUCUCAGCGUCCAUGUUUGCGUCAGCAGUCAACGCGGCCGCGGAGGCGCUCGCGCCCAGGCGAGUACAGCACCCGGAGAGACACGUGGCAGGCAGGGCCCCAGGACACGUGGCAGUCGGCGGCCCCGCGUUGGCCGACGCUCGUCAGAGGCGGGAGCUGACGCCGCUCGAGAUGGCAGGGCUGCAGGGGGUUUUGAAGGACUUCGCGGCCGCGACCGGUCGGAGGGAGGGGUUUGCGGGGUUUCGGAAGACGUGCAAGUUCUGCGUGUUCUGUUUGGAGAGGCAGCGCGGGCCGGCCCCGUUUCACUGGUGCGUUGACGAUCGAAUCGUGUCUGGAUUUCGAGGCCCCUCUCCCGCCGGGCCGAUCGGACGACCCGUGAAAAGGCCGAUCGAAGCAGCCGCGUGAGAAAAAGAUGCGUUUCCGUCGUCCAGUGCGCCUUAGUCGUGGAUUGAUAGGUCAGACAACGUCAUUUGAGAGUCAAUAGGUGCCAGAUCGCGGCAUUGUGAGAUUACGUGUGUCCCAUGUGUAGCGCGAAGUGUAAGUUACAUGUCUAUAUGCAACACUUUACAGCUAGAGGCAAAGUUUGAAUAGGAAGCCGUUUUAAGCUUUACUGCCAGCGGUGUAACAAGGGCCAAAUGGCGGUCACGAGUCGAAUCGGGUGAAACGGUGCUAAAGUUUCGUUAGGGUGCUUUUUGUCAAAGAACGAUGUGUUAGGGAGCCAUUUCAUGUAAAACGGUGGACUCUGUAUGAAGAUAAUCACAAGCAACUGCGAUAAACAAUCAGCCGUGUCUUCAAUGAAACCGGACUUAAACUCGAAGCUUGCAAAGAAGCCUUUAGAUUGUCAUUGUCGCUGAGCUAGAUUGAGAAGCCUCGGGCCCAUUCUUAGUAGGCUGGCAGUGGUACAAGAUAUGAUGCUUGCCAACG